AUGGCCGGCGAGGCGGCCUCCGCCGCGGCGGCCGGGCGGCUCCUCCUAGCCGCGGCGCUCGUCCUCGCGGCGUGCACCGUCCCCGUGGCGGCUCAGGCCAAGUCGGAGGCUGACGUGCUGAACGAGUUCAGGGCGGCGCUGCGGGGGCCGGAUGGCGGCCCGCCGGGGGAGCUGAACCAGUGGGCGACCUCCCGGGGCGCGCCCUGCGACGUCAACGCGACGACCUGGCCUAGAGUGAAGCAGUGCAUCAAUGGCCGAGUGGUGGUCCUGCAGCUGGAGGGCCUCCAGCUGCAAGGCGCCGCGCCGGACCUGGCCCUGCUCGCGCCGCUCCAGGGCCUGCGCUCGCUCAGCCUCAGCAACAACAACCUCACGGGCGCGUUCCCGGACGUGUCCGCGCUCCCCGCGCUCAGGUUCUUCUUCGAUCCUGUACCAGAACAGGCUCGCCGGGGAGAUCCCCGACGGCGCGUUCGCGGCCCUGAGGGGGCUUCAGAAGCUUAA